CUAUCUUAUUAUUUAUGACGCUCUUACAUCAAAGGAGAAGGAUUGGGUCCAACGAAGAAAAUAGAGCCACCAUGCGCGGUUAAGUAGAGGGGCACUAGCACGGUAACACUUAUUAAAUGGUUGUCUUUGUGGAGAGUUCAAGGAGUAACCUAGCAUUCCCCUCUCUCUGUUUUCACAUAGUCCUGUAACUUGGAGAACAAAAGAUGGCCAUGAUCCCGGAUGCCUUCGUCUCAAAAUUGUGCUGGAUGCUGUUAACCUAUGCAAACGGAGAGGCCGUUAAGAUAUUGGGUUUGCCCAACGAAAUCAAGAAGCUCCAUAGGAGGUUGGAGAGGAUACAUGAUGUUCUGGGUGAUGCAGAGAACAAACGAUUCGAUAAUCAACGCAUCAACCGUUGGCUGAUCGAGCUGCGAGAUCUUAUGUACGAUGCAGACGACAUCAUCGAUGAAUGCUGGAUCGAGGGCGGGAAGCUUCUCAGCUCAAACUCAUCCUUAUUUCGUUGUGUUGAGCUGGUACGUUGUUGCUAUCCUCCUAUUGCUUGCUUGUACAAAGUUGGAUUCCGUUGUAAGAUUAGCAAAAGAAUUAGAGAUCUCAACCUUAGGCUUGAUGAACUUGCCAAGGACAAAACUGACCUCCAUCUUACACCUGCUCCUUGUGAUGAUAGCUAUAAGAGUAGAAUUAGCCCCAAGACAUCUCCUGUACUUGUUGAACAUGAUCUUGUGGGAGACAAAAUUGAGGAUGAUACAACGAGGUUGGUGGACCUGUUGACAAAAGCAAAUAAGAAAAAAAUCUCAAUCUUUGCUAUUGUCGGCAUGGGUGGGAUAGGCAAAACUAUGCUUGCUCAGAAAAUUUACAAUGACGAGAAGCUUCGUGACAACUUCAACCAAAUGCCACGGAUUUGGUUGUGCGUGUCCCAAGAGUUCUCAGAGUCCAGUUUGCUGAGAUCUAUCAUAAAGCAAGCUGGAGGUAAUCCUACAGAUGCUGAAGAGAAGGAAGUGCUUGAACCUAUGCUUAGCGAAUUACUUAGGAAAAAAAAAUUCUUUGUAGUCUUAGAUGAUGUUUGGGAUGCGCAGGUAUGGGAUCAGCUAUUGAGAAAUCCCUUGCAGAGUGGUUCGACAGAUAGUAGAAUUUUGAUAACAACUAGAAACAUAAACAUUGCAAAACAGAUGGGUGCAAUAUACAGUCACAUGGUGGAGAAGUUGUCUCGAGAGGAUGGUUGGUCAUUAAUUUGUAAGGUGGUCUUUGAGGAAGACAAGGAAGGAGAUAUGCACAACUUAAGUGAUAUAGGGAUGAAAAUUGUAGAGAAAUGUGAUGGCCUUCCCCUUGCUCUUAGGACGAUUGGAGGGGUGCUUCGAACCAAGGCGAAAAGGCAAUCAGAAUGGGAACUGGUCCUUUCUAGCUCUGCAUGGUCUUUUACUAAGCUUCCGGAUGGGGUGAUGGGUGCUUUGUACUUGAGCUAUUUGCAUUUACCACCUCCUCUCAAGCAGUGCUUCACUAGCCUUUCAUUAUUUCCCGAGGACUACCAAAUUCCUCAAUAUCUUUUCGUCAACGAUUGUAUUGCAGAGGGCUUUGUAACAUCCGAAGACAAUACGCCCUUGGAAGAUGUGGCGGAAGGAUAUUGGAAGGAGUUGGUGCAAAGGAACCUCCUACAGCCAGAUCCUAUAUUUUAUAAACAAAGUGUUUGCAGGAUGCAUGAUCUCCUAUAUCCAGAUCCUAUGCGGUAUAAUCAAUCAGUUUGCGGGACUUGCAGGACACAUGAUCUCCUGCGAUCUCUAGCUCAGCAGAUAGCAGGGGAUGAGUGCUUCGUCGGAGAUGCACGAGCAUUUGAAAACAAGAUCCCAUCCUCCUCCUCCUCAUCAUCAUCAUCGAUAAAAUUACGUCGUUUAUCAAUUAUAGAUGGAAAAUUAGAAACCAUACCAGAUUUUAUAAUGGAACAGACAUCCUUGAGGAACCUGUCAUUCUUCCGUACCCCACUUAUUCGUGAUCUUCCAGAAGAUCUCUUCAGAAAGCUGAGGAGUUUAAGGGUCCUCGGGUUAAGUGGAAUGGACAUUAACAAUCUACCAACUUCCUUGGGAGAUCUUGUGCACCUUAGAAGUCUUGAACUCUCUUAUACUAAAAUAAGAGAGAUACCGGAGAGCAUAGGAAAUCUUAGAAAUCUCCAAUUCCUGAUUCUCCAGGAUUGUAAAUAUUUGCACAACCUCCCUAAUGGUGUCGUGGGGUUAACCAAUCUAAGGCUUCUACACGUCAAAGGUGCACCACUUGUUGGUCUGCCUUUGGGAAUAGGGAGACUGCAAAAACUACACUCACUUGGGGGAUUUGUGGUGAAUGGUAGGGAGGGCCGUAGAUCUAGAGUAGGAGGAGAUGACAGGGAGCAGGAGCACAAGGGACAUCAACACGGGAGAUUCUGCACCUUGGAAGAGUUGAAAUCCCUUACCCAAAUCCGGCGAAUGAGCAUACACAAGUUGGAUAGCGUAUCGAACAAGGCCGAAGCAAUAGCUGCUGCACUCGAAGACAAGUCCCAUCUCACAGUUCUAUUUUUGCAUUGCACACUACCGAGCAGCUCUUUUGAUGUGCAGCAGUCUCAUACAAAUGCUUACGAUGAGGAAGAUAUCAAGAGAAUAGGGGAGGUCUUCGAGGAGCUCCGCCCACCACCAUGCCUUGAAAUGCUUCUAAUUGAUGGCUACUUCGGCCGUGAGCUUCCUAGCUGGAUGAUUACACCCUCGUCAUUUCUCCGCAAUCUGCGAAGGCUAGAGCUAAAGAAUUGUGCUCUAUGCCAGCAACUUCCACUCUUUGGAAUGCUACCACAACUAGAUUUCCUCCGGAUUUCAGGUGCUUCUGCAGUCACGAGCAUCGGACCUGAAUUCUACUUGCUGGCAGAAGGCAGUGCCGGUGCAGGAGGGCGGCAUGGAAGAAUAAACUACUUUUGCUUCUCCUCCUACUUCGCCAAACUAGAGCGACUUGUAUUUAGAGACAUGCCUAAUUGGGAACAAUGGUGGUGGCGGUCGGAGGAGGAGGACAACCGGACAACAUCAUUGCUACCUUCUCUCAGGUCAUUGGAAAUUGAUGGAUGUCCGAAGUUGAGGUCUCUUCCGGAGAGCCUCCUCUGUCAUGCCACCGCACUGAAGGAGUUACGUAUUUUUGGUGCCCACAGCCUAAAAGAAAUACAAAACCUCCACUCUCUUGUAGAAUUGAUCUUGAUUGAAAACUCCAGUUUGGAGAGAGCGUCCAACUUUUCUGGACUCAAACAUCUAGACGUUUAUGAUUGUGAGGAGUUGAAGGUUGUGGAGGGUGUGGAUGCCGUCGAACACAUACAGCUCCCUGAUCGAGAAGCAGAGUCUCUCCCAGAGUGGUUAGUAGGUAAAGGUGAAGAGCAACCAUGCUUCCCUUCCCUCCACAAGUUGACUCUCUCCAACAAAAUCUGUCGCCGAGGGCUACCCGAUUGGCCUUUGAUUCGAUGACACAACACCCAUCUCAUUUUGAAGCAAUCUGCAAGUAUGGGCCAACGACAACCAACUGUAUAAGAAAAAGCUGCUUCAGCAAGCCAGGGAUGGAUGUUAUACUACUCGCCAACUGUUUGAUAUUCUGCAUCAUUCUCGUCCUUUCAGCUUUUUGUGCAGGACUUCGACCCAAGGACUGCAGUAAGAAAAGAAGAAAAGUCUGGGACCGGAUGACAUGCAUAGCAAUUCCUUACAUUAAUUAGCAAUUGUCCAGCGGAUAAGCUGAAAUCCUUGUUUCUAGAGGCUUCUCUCCAACUGCAUCAGUACGUAGCUUUCAUUCUAGCAGAGUCUUGGAACAAGCAAUUACCCAUCCAUGGUGCUAAUCUCGAAAAUCAUUGGCUGCUAUGUUGGGUUAUCCCUCCUAUGUUGGAGGAGACUUAGCCCAACAAAUGUGGGCUAAGUUAAUUAUUUUUAGCCCAAUAAAUAUGGGCUACUUUUGGCCCAAAACGUGAGGCGCAUUAGGGCAAUGUUUUAUGUUGAGAAGGCAAGGUACAUGAGUUGUCCUGCAUGAGUUAAAAAUAGAGGGAGGCAGCGGAGAAGAUGCGGAAUUAAUAUUUAGCGCGCAAUCUUGAUCAAACGACGAUCAGAAAGCGAUCCAUGGUCCGAUCGAGCUGAAAUUUGGAAUGCAGGCUCAUAACACAUGGUUCUUCAGUCUGUACGGUGUGAUCGCCAUUUUCAAUCUUCUAGUAUAGUCAUAUUUUGCAGAAAUAUGGCUGCUGUUCAUAUGAGAUCUUCUCAAUCUUUCUCUCUUAUUGUUGAUGUUUGCCAAGAAUAUUGUUUUUGAGAUUAUGUGCUGAUAUAUUCCUCUAGUUUGGCUAGAGAGAACAGAUUGUAAUACCCAUUAUUGGUUGAUAGUGGAAGUUUUUGGGUGGACUACGGUCCCGUGGUUUUUACUCUCCACAUUGGGGAGGUUUUCCACGUAAAAA